GCCAAAAGGAAGGUGAAAGAUGCUAAGGAAGAUAAAAGAAUUGAAGUCUGACUUUGCUUUGGAGCACAAAUUCUAGCAUGUUAUACCGCUGUGUCCUGUGCACCCUGACUCUUGCUGUGCUUGUUGCUGGGAAUGUCCAUCCGGAAUGUGAUUUUAUAGCAGAGCUGAAGAAAAAGGAGGCUGAAUGCCUGGAAAACUCAGAGGAGUCCAGGAAUGCAACAUCAGGUUGCAAGAAAACCUGGGACAAAUUACUGUGCUGGCCAGAGGCAGAUGCUGGAGAGACUCUUGCCUUACCUUGCCCAAACAUCCUCUUUCACUUCAUGGAAGAGCCAGCUGGGAUAAUAAGAAGAAACUGCACAAAGAAAGGCUGGUCAGAGCCAUUCCCUUCCUAUCAUAUUGCUUGUCCAGUUGAAGAUGAGAUUCCACUUGAAGAACAAUCCUACUUUUCUACGAUAAAGAUAAUAUAUACCAUAGGAUACAGCCUGUCUAUUACCUCACUCGUUAUUGCUGUGACAGUUCUAAUGGCAUUCAGGAGGCUACGCUGCCCCAGAAAUUACAUCCACAUACAGCUCUUUUUCACUUUCAUCUUAAAGGCUAUUGCCAUUUUCAUUAAGGAUUCUGUCCUUUUCCAAGAGGAAGACAUUGACCAUUGCAGUUUCUCUACAACUGAAUGCAAGAUCUCAGUUGUUUUCUGUCACUACUUCAUGAUGACCAAUUUCAUAUGGCUGCUGGUAGAGGCUCUUUACCUUAAUUGUCUACUACUCUCAUCCCUUUCUCAUGGAAGAAAAUAUUUCUGGUGGCUGGUUCUCUUUGGUUGGGGUUUUCCAACACUUUUCACCUUCAUAUGGAUAUUAGCAAAGUUCUACUUUGAAGACACAUCAUGCUGGGAUAUUAAUCAAGACUCUCCUUACUGGUGGCUAAUCAAAGGACCUAUUAUAAUUUCUGUUGGGGUCAAUUUUGUCCUAUUUAUCAACAUCAUCAGAAUUUUGCUGAAAAAACUAGACCCCAGGCAAAUCAACUUCAAUAACUCAUCUCAGUACAGACGCCUCUCAAGGUCAACUCUGCUUCUAAUUCCUUUAUUUGGAACCCAUUAUAUUGUCUUCAAUUUUCUUCCGGAAUACACCAGCCUUGGCAUUCGGCUUUAUUUAGAGCUCUGCUUUGGAUCUUUUCAGGGCUUUAUUGUAGCACUCCUCUACUGUUUCCUGAACCAAGAGGUAAGGAAAAUACAUCCUUAAAACACUGAUUUCACAUGAAGGUUUAUGGAGUUAAUAGUUAGUAUCAUGCAAGCAGGUAAUCUAUUAAUGUUUUUUAGUUUCACAGGAUAGUCAAAGCAGGAAUCAUUUGAUUUUCAUUUCAAUUUUCUUCAUGAGAAUGAAGCCAUCUAGUGGAGAAAUGAGUGAUUCCAUCCUCUAGAAUUUCUACCUGUCACUCCUAUGAGGGGAGAGUCUUAAGAUUCAUGUAUGCCACCACACGGAGCACCAGCCCUGAAGGCAUCAGAGCUGUGCUUAGGAACUGAACCGUGUUCCUAAACAUAACAGUGAAAUGUAGAGAAAGAUUCAAGUACAAAGUGCAAUCAUCUGUGAUAGAGGCAGCUGAUUCCUGGGUUGUUUUGACUUGAUGUCCAUUUUCCAAGCCUAAAGUUUUGGGCUGAUGAAGAUUGAAAACAGUAUUUAAUUGAUUACUCUGCCAUGGUCAAUGUUUUCUUGAUUAUUUAGUAAGAAUUUUCUCAAAUAUUAAACUGAGAGACUUCAAAUAUUUUAGCACUUCCUAGCAUUUUGGUUGAGUUUAUGACUGCACAUUUUUUAAUUGCGCUCAGCUAAUAUUCCUGUUCACCAGAGACUAUUAAUUGUCUCUAAUCUCUUCUGAUGAUAAACUCAUUAGCUUUACAUCCAGAUUGACACUGCAGACAUCCAGCACUUCAGUUUAGAUAUUUCCUUCCUAUUGAGCAUCUGGGAAGAGACAUUUCUAAUGAGAUUCAGAUGUUAAAACAGGCUUUGGUGUCUGGUCUGGACACAGUGUGUGUUUCUGUGAACAUGCCAAGGCAUGGCACAAAUGCUUGUCAACAGCAGAAAGCAAAUGAUUGCUUGUGGCUUUUCCCCCUUGCUAUCUUAAAUAGCAAAGUAGUAUUAUUUCUUAGCCACAAAUCAAGGAGUGUAGACUAAGGAACUUGAUGCAAAUUAUACCGUUCUAGAAACAGAUGGGAACAAGAAGACAUCCCUUAGUAAUUGGGGAAAGCAAACAAUGUGGAGACAAUGUGUUUAAUUGCACAGAUGGCAU